AUGGCCCACGAAGCCGUUAUGGCGAUCAGCAGAUCUUUCCUUAGUGACGUUACGGACGUUAAACUCCCUACUGACGUUAAGGAGCUUUUCGAGAAUGGUCUAGAGGUGUACGAGUGCAACGACGAACCGAAUGGUACCGCUGGCUUCACUAGUGUGAUCUUGAAAUACGGCGCAGAGCUCAGGUACAGAGAGCUUUCAGUCACUGAGGCUUCCGUGCUCCGGCGAGUGUUGAGCAUGGGACCACCAGUGAGGAAGCUUUUCCUACAACAAAUCUCGCUUUGUCCGUUUAAGGUCGCUUUUCACAACCAGGAGACAUGUCCUUCGCUAAAAGAAGUCCACAUUGAUUUCGUCGAGUGCGAAGGCAAGGCCUUGAGCGUAAGCCGCUGCGGAAUGUUUCGAAGCCUGCACUCGCUGCACCUCUGCUCCGUCAACUCUGGCAGCGCAUUCGCGGAGGACAUCGCGAGCUACGUUCGACAGAACAGGUCGCUGAGGGAACUGAGCCUCUGUACCUCCUGCGGCGGUGACGAAGGUGUCGCCACCCUCAUGCAGGCGCUAGCGGGAAACGACACCCUCAAGAGAUUCUCUCUGGCCGACAUGGAGCUGUCUUCCGACACCUUAACCGGCUUCGCGAAUAUGCUUGUAUUCAACUCGGCACUGGAGAUGGUCAACCUAACCGACGUGUGUUCCGUGGAAAAGGACAAAGUGCUGUCGUUGUUGGGGCAGGAACUGUACGCCGGUGUCUUCAAGAGGCUUAAGAUCCAGUGGCCCGAAGAGCUUCUGCCCGAGCUCACCGCACUUCUCAGCGUGGAAGGGUGCUGUCCGGAGUUGUCCGUCAGCGUCACCCCCUCGGCGUGCGAGGCAGUUCUUCGGGAGUUCUUUGGCGCCCUCGCAGCAGACAAGACGCUGCGCGUUCUCCGCUUUCUCUCCAACGAGGACACGUUCGAGGCGUUCGCGGACGGCAUUGUUUCCGGACUGAGGCGUACGACGACACUCCGUGCAGUCAACAUAGGCAUGUGCGUGGAUUCCGCUAAAGCGCGACAGCUCAUCGACCUUUUAGACGCCUUGAAAGAAAACCGUUCCGUCGCCAAGUUCGCAAUAAGCACCGAAGUCGUCACACCCGAAAUAGCGACGUCGCUUUCAGAGUUGUUGGCGGUAAACAACACUCUAAACGACGUGGCCAUUUUCAAUUACUGCGAAAUUUUGCCCGGCGAGGUAGAAACAAUCGUGAAGGGUUCGAAGACGAACUACACUUUGACCAGUUUUGUGGUUUACAGCGAAUGCAACGACUGCGAAGGUGUCCGCGAGAUGGCCGCGAUUCUACAGAGAAACAAUCGCCUCAAGAACAAGGCUGCGGAGUUUGUGAUUUUGGGCGCUGACGCUGCCGACGAGAUAGGCGUGGAUGCUCUGAGGAAAGUGCACUCAAGCGAUGCCCUCGUGGAGAUGGUGCAGAGGCUUACUGGCCGGACACGAGAGGAGGCGUUAGAAGACAUACAGGCAGCUUUGGCUUCCUUACCUUCGUGA